AUGGGUACUGGGGAUUACCUCUGCAUUACUGUGCGUGGGGGAGCGCCCUGGGGCUUCAGUCUGCGACAGGGCAAUGAGUUACACCAUCCUCUGCUCGUCUGCCAGGUGGACAUUAGUGGGCGCGGCGCUGUGGCGGGACUGUGCGAGGGGGACGAGGUGGUGUCGCUGAAUGGGGAGCCCUGCGCAGACCUCACCCUCCCCGAGAGCCUCCACCUCAUGGAGGCUUCCGACAGCCUGCAGCUGCUCGUGAGAAGGUGGGUACGGCAGGCCUGUGGCGUCCCGACGGCCUUGUGA